AGUACCUCUCGUGUAUUUAGCAUAUCCGAAAUUUUGCAGGGAAGCACUUUUAAGGACCAGUCAAUAUAUAUAGCAAUUUCUCUUGUCCUUUUAAAAUCCUCCCGUUUUCCGUUUCCUCGUCUGAUGUUUUCUUUAUCGGCAUUUUGAUAAUUCCGACAAAGAAAAAAAAUUAAAAAAAAUGAAGAAUUACAAAUUAAUUUUCAUUGCAAUUACCAUUUGUCAUAUCUUCUCCGGCGGCGCGGGUCGUCCGGUGAGCAGCAUUUCCGCCGUCCCUGCCUCCGCCCCUGACGCCUCUUCGGAAUCCGAUACCUUCACCGAUUACUCGUUCACCGGCUCAUCCUCCUUCUCCACCUCCUCCUCCACGAGCUUCCCGCCGGAAUCCCAAAUCCCCGCCGUCCCUGCCCCGUCGCCGGCCGUUUCUCAGACCUUCUCCGUCGUCUCAUCCCCCGGCCCUGCCCCCGCCCCCGAAGAGAUCGACAUCGACUUCGACGAAGUCAUCAAUGUCGAGGAUCUCGUCCCCAAAUUUGAAAACAUCCACAAUUUCGAUUUCUCGGCCAUGAAAAUCGACACGACAGCGAAGGAUCUCUGCACCAGCACCGACUACACGAACGAGUGCAUCGCCGCGAUCCUCCCGGAUCUGAGGAAACGAGCCGAAGAAGGGAAGAGCAGCGUGGAUCCGGAGGAGGUGAUCAGGAUGGAAGCUCAGUCGCUGUUCAAGAAAGCGAACGCGACGCUCCAGUACGCGAAGCGCGUGACGAACGACGGAUCGACGGAGGAGCCGGUGAAGGAGGCAAUGAGUGUUUGCCUCGAAAACUACGACUCUCUGAUCACGGAUCUGGACGAGGCGAAGAAGGCUAUGGACAGCGGCGACUACGGUCGGCUCGAAUCUGUCCUGAGCGCCGCCAUCUCCGACGUCUCGACCUGCUCCGACAACUUCGUCGGCGUUCCCGGCGUCGAUUCUCCGACUGCUUCGCUCGACGAUUUCAUGAGGAAGCUCUGCAGCAACAUUUUGGCAAUGUCUCAGAAGAUCCAGAACCGUCGCUGAUCUCCGAUUUUUUUUUUGGGUGAACCGAUUUUUUUGUUUUGUCAGUCUUUACAAACAAAGGGGACAUACCCUGUGUCUAUAUACAUAUACAUAUAUAUAUAUAUAUCCACAACUAUUAUAAAGCUACCGUACGACUCGCGAUUUAAAUUAUUUAAUUAAAUGAUUCAUCAACUCUC